AUGGACGUUACUUUUGAGGCCCGGAACGGCUCCUUCACCCUAGAGGUGUGGUACUUUGCGACGGUGAAGCAGAUGAAGGAGAUGAUCUACAAACGCUACCGCCACUUCCCGGUAAAGGCACAGCGGCUUGUCUUCCAGGGCAAGGAGCUUGAAGAUGACCGCAAUACCGAGCACUACGGUAUCAUCCAGGGGUCACGCAUCCGUCUCGACCUGCCUGAAAGCUUGACCAUGUAUCCUUUGUGA